UUUGGAAGCUUUCUGAGUAGGUGUGCAUUUGGGUGUCAUAAAGACUCAUAUACCUUGAGCUGGUCAGAAGUUUCUCUCCUGAAGGACCUCUGCGGAGAAUCCAGAUUGCUCCUAGGGAGGCUCCAAACCUCCAUUGGACAAUGGGAAACUGGCUGGUUAACCACUGGCUCUCAGUUUUGUUUCUGGUUUCUUGGUUGGGGUUGAACGUUUUUCUGUUUGUGUACGCCUUCCUGAAUUAUGAGACGUCUGACAAGUACUACUACACGAGAGAAAUUCUUGGGACUGCCUUGGCCUUGGCCAGAGCAUCUGCUUUGUGCUUGAAUUUGAACAGCAUGAUGAUCCUGAUUCCUGUGUGUCGAAAUCUGCUCUCCUUCCUGAGGGGCACCUGCUCAUUUUGCAACCGCACACUGAGAAAGCCAUUGGAUCACAACCUCACCUUUCAUAAGCUGGUGGCGUAUAUGAUCUGCAUAUUCACAGCUAUUCAUAUCAUCGCACACCUAUUUAACUUUGAACGCUACAGUAGAAGCCAACAGGCCAUGGAUGGCUCUCUUGCUUCUGUCCUCUCCAGCCUAUCUCAUCCUGAGAGAGAAGAUGAUUCUUGGCUAAAUCCCAUCCAGUCUCCAAAUAUGACAGUGAUGUAUGCAGCAUUUACCAGUAUUGCUGGCCUUACUGGAGUGAUUGCCACUGUAGCUUUGGUUCUCAUGGUAACUUCAGCUAUGGAGUUUAUCCGCAGGAAUUAUUUUGAACUCUUUUGGUAUACACAUCACCUUUUUAUCAUCUAUAUCAUCUGCUUAGGGAUCCAUGGCCUGGGUGGGAUUGUCCGGGGUCAAACAGAGGAGAGCAUGAGUGAAAGUCAUCCUCAUAAUUGCUCACAUUCUUUUCACGAGUGGGAUAAGCAUGAGAGUUGCAGGCAUCCUCAUUUUGUGGGGCACCCCCCUGAGUCUUGGAAGUGGAUCCUCGCACCGAUUGCUUUUUAUAUCUUUGAAAGGAUCCUUCGCUUUUAUCGCUCCCAGCAGAAGGUCGUGAUUACCAAGGUUGUCAUGCACCCAUCUAACGUUUUGGAAUUGCAGAUGAGGAAGCGAGGCUUUAGCAUGGAAGUAGGACAGUAUAUAUUUGUAAACUGCCCCUCCAUUUCCUUCCUGGAGUGGCAUCCCUUCACUCUGACCUCUGCUCCAGAGGAAGAAUUUUUCUCCAUUCAUAUUCGAGCAGCAGGAGACUGGACACGAAAUCUCAUAAGGACAUUUGAACAACAGCACUCACCAAUGCCCAGGAUUGAGGUGGAUGGUCCCUUUGGCACAGUCAGUGAGGAUGUUUUCCAGUAUGAAGUGGCUGUACUGGUUGGGGCAGGGAUUGGGGUCACUCCCUUUGCUUCCAUCUUGAAAUCUAUCUGGUACAAAUUCCAGCAUGCAGACAACAAGCUCAAAACACAAAAGAUAUAUUUCUACUGGAUCUGUAGAGAGACAGGUGCCUUUGCCUGGUUCAACAACUUAUUGAAUUCCCUGGAACAAGAGAUGGAGGAAUUAGGCAAAACGGAUUUCCUAAACUACCGUCUUUUCCUCACUGGCUGGGAUAGCAACAUUGCUGGUCAUGCAGCAUUAAACUUUGACAAAGCCACUGACAUCCUGACAGGUCUGAAGCAGAAAACUUCCUUUGGGAGACCAAUGUGGGACAAUGAAUUUUCUAGAAUAGCUACUGCCCACCCCAAGUCUGUGGUGGGGGUUUUCUUAUGUGGCCCUCGGACUUUGGCAAAAAGCCUGCGCAAAUGCUGUCAGCGAUAUUCAAGUCUGGAUCCUAGGAAGGUUCAGUUCUACUUCAACAAAGAAACGUUCUGACUUGGAAGCAGCAGCACAGUAGUGCUUCUACACUUUCCCUUUCUCUUCACUAACUUGGGGGUCAGCUACUAGAUAAUCCUUUGCCUCACAAGGCCUUCACUCCCAACUUCAAGUUUGAUUCAACAUCAUACGUGGGCUUUGCCAACCUGAGAGCUGCAUAAUUCACAACUGCAAAACACAUGAACUGUUUUUUAUUGGAGGGGGGGGAUUGUAAAUCCUUCUGGGAAACCUGCCUUUUGGUGAAUUUUGCUGGAUGACACUUGCACAAUUUAACCUCAGGUGUCUUGGUUGAUAAUCUUCCCUCCCACCUGCCCCUCACAAAAGAUUUCUAAGUGGGGUGACUUUUAAAAUAUUUAUUGAAUCCACGACAAAACAACAAUCAUAAAUAAACAACAUAGAAAGCCCAAGCUUCCCACUCCCAUAUCACCCACUAAGUACAUGAUUACACAUGAGCUAAUCCAGUGUGACCAACAAUUUACACGUUACUUUGUCAAAAUAAUUGAUUUUGCUUUUUGCUUAUUGAACAAUUUUACUGACUUUCCCUAGUAAUAUCUUAAGUAUAUUAACUGUAAUCAAAUUUGUACUAUAGUUAGACGCCAACUAUAUUGUCACUUUGUAUUGAAAUAACUGGAAAGGCCUGACUUACAUCAUAGGAUAAUUUAACAGAAGCUCUUUUGUUUUUGUUGUUGUUGUUAAAGGAGUUUAUGAAUGUAUUAUAAAAAGAAAAAAAAGUUAUAAUUUUGGCUA